CUUACUUCCAGUUGAGCAGAUGCGAUUUCAGAUGAGAAUAUCGUUGUGAGAUCACGAGCUCGCAUUCUCAGACUGUAGACGCGACACGGUUCGUUUGCCUCGAGCGUUUAUUUUUUUUCCACAAUCUCACCAACUUCACACACGCACACCCAGCCGUUCGCUCGCGUCACCACGAAAUCCACUGCGCAACAUGUCAGGCUACGAAACCAACCAUGAAGGCCAAUGGCCAAAAGAACGGGCAGUAGUCGACUUAACCAUGAGCUCGUCGCCUCGGUUUGGCGAGGCUAGUCCGCUUCGUAAUCCUUUGAGGAAGAAUAUCAAACAGGCGGAAAACAAACUGUUUAACAUGCCAAAGCCGGGACGUCCACGACCGGAACAUCAUAGACAAAUAUCUGGUGUGAGCAUGCAACCGAGAAUUACGUCCUCGACCAGCGGAUUCGCUGCGUCCAGCAAUGUAAGGAGUCAAGAGGAUGGGUUCAGAUCAGCUCCCGCCUUCUCAAAGCAGGGCAGUGGCUCAGCUGCUCCUGCACUCCAUCAGACCGGAGCAUCAGUAAUAGCUGGCAAACCAUUUAUGACUUACGACGACUACACCAUGCCGCUUCCUAAACCUCAGCCGAUAUCCUUUCCCCAGGGAUACCAACCAAAGACGACAUACGCCACACCGGCUCCUUUUUUCAACACGAUCAACCCUAAUUCCCACUUCGUGACCCGCAUAGACCUCACAAAGGGAGAAGAUGACGAAGACGACGAUAAGUUCGAUCCGGAUGCAGUUUUGCGUAAUCAAGAGUUUGGUGCACCCGACCCAUAUCGCUGGGUUGACUCUCAAAAGGCGAACGAGGAGAUCAAAGCGCUUCUCGAGGGGGCAUUCGACGAUGAAGAUGAUAAGCCUAGACUAAAGGAUCGGAAAGCAAAGAAAAAAGGACCCCCGGUAGAAAACAAUGGAGAUGCUCUGAAGGCGUUGUCACAGAAGCUGGAGUCCCUUGGGGUAAAAGAUGAGAAAGAUGUUAGAUCUGUUGAUCAGAAUGGCGCGGAUGAUGAAAGCGAGGACGAGGAAGAUGGCACUCUUGACGGUCUCGAGGUUAAACUGCUGCCCCACCAAGUCGAAGGUGUAGCAUGGAUGCGCGACCGCGAGAUAUCGCGGAAGAAAAUACGCGGCGUUAUUCCACGAGGUGGCAUUCUAGCCGACGAUAUGGGUCUAGGGAAAACGAUCCAAGCCAUUGCCCUCAUCCUUGCCAACCCAUUGCCCUCGAAGGAAGAACGCGAGAAGGACAAGAAGAAUCCGAUCCCUGCCGUCUGUGCGAAGUCGACGUUGGUUGUCGCACCCUUGGCUCUGAUCAAGCAGUGGGAGUCAGAGAUCAAGACAAAGGUUGACGCAACGCGUCCUCUGCGAGUCCUGGUACAUCACGGGCCUAACCGUACAAAGCGUGCAGAUGAUCUGAAGAAAUAUGACGUGGUCAUCACCACAUACCAGAUUCUCGCUUCUGAACAUGCGUCUAGUUCAGAUGACGAGAACGGUAUUAAAACAGGUUGCUUUGGCGUGCAUUGGUACCGUGUCAUGCUUGACGAAGCCCACAGUAUCAAAAACAAGUCCGCGAAAAUGACACAAGCUUGCUACGCCCUACGUUCUCACUACAGAUGGUGUCUUACCGGUACGCCGAUGCAAAAUAAUCUUGAUGAGUUACAGUCUCUCAUUCGAUUCCUGCGUAUCAAGCCAUAUUGUGAUACAGGACCUUGGAAAGAGCAGAUCACGGGACCAAUGAAAAAUGGAAGAGGCGGUAUCGCGAUGAGAAGACUGCAAGUCUUUCUCAAGAGUUGCAUGAAGCGUCGCACAAAAGACAUUCUCAAGAAAGAAGGCGCCCUAAAUCCAGGUGGUAAAGUACAAGCUGGAGAGGAGAAGAAAUCUGGCUUCAGGAUUGUGAAUCGUAAAGUCGAGCUCGUCACCGCGGCAUUCAAUGAUCGGGAACGUAAAUUUUACGACCGUCUCGCGGAUCGUGCGCAAAAUCGUCUUGACGAGAUGUUGGGAGGAGAAAAGGCUGAUUAUAUCGGCGCUUUAGUCCUUCUUUUAAGACUGAGGCAAGCGUGCAAUCAUCCACAUCUGGUGGGUAGAAGCGUUAAGCAGGAUAAUGAUGCACUUUCCGCAGCUGUCUCAAAAGCGACGAAUUGCAGCAUGACGCCCAGGAGGAGCAAAAAGGCAGAUCUCGAUGUGAUGGAUGCCAUUGCUGACCUGCUCGGGGGGCUUACGGUCGAGACGAAGAAUUGCGACGUCUGUCAGGUACAGCUGAGCAAAGAUCAGAUCGAGAAAGGGAGUUCUCAUUGUGCAGAGUGCGAGGCCGAUUUAUCGACCUUCCAGGAAGACUAUGAGAGAUCUGGUCACUAUGCCAAGAACUUGGCUUCAACAAGAAACCCGAAGUAUCAUCCAAAACCGAAGGCAAAUCGCCGAAUUAUUAUGGACAGUGACGACGAAGAUGAGGGAUCGGGAGAAUGGCUCGUUCCUAAAGAACAGCGCAGGUAUCUAUCCAAUCUGGGUAGAUGUGGUGGGAGUGAUGAUGAAAAUAUCGAGGGAGGCGGAGAGUGGCUCAACAGUGACGACUCCGAAACGGACACCGAUUCCGAGACACGGAACGAUCGAUGCCAGAAGAUCCACAAGAAUCCCUUGUUCGUCUCAGAUGAAUCCGCAUCUGAAUCAGAAAUCAAUAGAGACGUCAAUGCCUCUCUAACAACAAAGCAUCGCAAAAAUCCGUCCGAGAAGAAUAUACCGAAGUCCACCAAGAUUGUACACUUGCUCAAGAUUCUCGAGGAGGAAACACCAGACCACAAAGUUAUAGUCUUCAGCCAGUUUACCUCCAUGCUCGACAUUGUGGAGCCUUUCCUUAAAUCCUCCGGUUACAAUUUUACUCGUUAUGACGGGUCCAUGCGCAAUGAUCUGAGAGAAGCAUCCCUCAGUGCACUUCGUAACGAUAAAUACUGCCGCGUCCUGCUUUGCUCACUUAAAUGUGGAUCCUUAGGCCUUAACCUCACUGCUGCAUCGCGUGUCGUACUUCUAGAACCAUUCUGGAACCCAUUUGUUGAAGAGCAAGCUAUUGACCGUGUGCAUCGACUGAAUCAAACCGUCGAUGUGGUGGUAUACAGACUUACAAUCGAGAAUAGUGUCGAAGAACGGAUCCUGGCCCUGCAAGAGGAAAAGAGAAAAUUAGCUGAAGCAGCCAUUGAAGGCGGCAAUACGCUAAGCAAGCUGGGCAUGAAAGAUCUUUUGGCGUUGUUCAGACGAGACGCGGAAGAUCAUGGGGCCGGGCACCCGCAUUAUGCCGGUGAAUCGCGAGCGGUUCCUGGUCUGGAGAGGACGAAGAUGUUGGGAGAGAGAAAUUCGGGGCCAAGAAAAGCAGAGAAAAAAUCAACAAGGGUAGAACAUGAGGUUUAUGGGCGAAGGUGGUGAAGGAAUGCGCAAAGCCCCAACUCCUCCCCUUAUUGGCCAAUCGACAAAGGCAUAACGACGUUCGGAUUCAAGCGGAUUUUUCGUUCAUAGAAUAUACCAUCGUAUCCCACAGUUACCAUUGCUGUGUGAACGAAGGGCUUGAAUCCACUCUUUGAUAAUCAUGAUUCUUGAUAAA